AUGCAUUCACUCACGAUUGUCGCUAUUUUAAUUGUGGCUAACUGUUAUUUUACAUUGGCGAACCCCAUUUCAAAUCUAUUUGGUGCUGUAGACACUGAAACACCGCCAUAUGAUGUUAUCAGUAAAGGUACGAAAUAUGAAGUUCGUCGUUAUCGAUCACAAUUAUGGGCACAAGUAGAAUAUACUGUUGAUGCAUCAACAGAUUUUGGUGAUAAAUUAUCGAUCGGAUUUCAACCAUUAUUUCAAUACAUAACGGGUAAAAAUGAAAAAGAACAAAAAAUUCCCAUGACAGCACCAGUAGUUAUGCAACAAGUAAAUUCUGAUUCUACUCGCCGACGAAUGGCAUUCAUCAUGCCAGCAAGUGAAUUUACAGAACUUAGUCAAUUACCAAAACCAACAGAUUCAACUGUUAAACUCAUUGCUGUCAAUGAACCUUUAGCUUUGGCUUGCAUCACAUUCAACAUGGGUAUCACAAGUAAACGGGUUGAUACACGCGAAGAAGAACUUCGUCAAGCAACAACUGCUGAUAAAAUUCAAUUAGUAACUGGCCGUGAAAAUGUUCGUGUUGGUGGUUACAAUCCACCAUGGACAUUACCUUGGUUUAGAAAAAAUGAACUCUGCAUUCCACUGGUUAAUCAAGCUUAA